UGGGGCACGUCCCGACAGCAAUGUAGAAGCUGGCGUCUCUUCUCUUGCGUGACAUAACUGGAAGUCGAUUCAGGAAUCAAGAUCAUAAGUUCCGAAUCAAAGUAGUUUCCGUGUAAUUCUCUUUCUGUUUGUCACUUCGAUAUGGAUAUUUCGCUUACCUCUUCGCUCUCUGAAAUGUCUUCAUUUUUUCCAUCUUCACCUUCCACUUCAUUUUCCCCUCAACUUUCCCUCGAACCAAAAUCUUUAAAAUCAUCGCGUUUUCCUCCGAAUUUGCGUUGCCGAUCUGAAAUCUUUCUUACGAAGCCCUUGCUUUCCCGCCAUACGCAUGUUGUGAUAAGAGCUUCCCAGAGUUCAAAGCAAGCACGUAAUGACGGGUUUGUGCUGGAAGACGUUCCCCACUUGACGCAUUUCCUUCCAGAUUUACAGUCAUUUCCAAAUCCAUUGCAGAAGAGCCGAGCUUAUGCAAUUGUCAAGAACACUUUUGUGUGCCCUGAAGAUGUGGUUGCACAAAAUAUUGUGGUUCAGAAAGACAGCCCCAGAGGAGUUCAUUUUCGGCGUGCAGGGCCUCGAGAAAAGGUUUACUUUAAGCCAGAAGAAGUUCGAGCUUGCAUAGUUACUUGUGGAGGAUUAUGCCCCGGAAUCAAUACAGUGAUCAGGGAAAUUGUUUGUGGCUUGAACUACAUGUACGGUGUUGAGGAUAUACUAGGAAUUGAGGGAGGAUAUAGAGGAUUUUAUUCCAAAAAUACAUUGAAAUUAUCAACUAAAGUUGUUGACAAUAUCCAUAAACGUGGUGGCACUUUUCUUCGCACAUCUCGAGGAGGGCAUGAUACCCACAAGAUAGUUGAUAACAUUCAGGACAGGGGAAUAAAUCAGGUAUACAUAAUUGGAGGUGACGGUACCCAGAGAGGAGCUGCAGUCAUAUAUGAGGAAGUUAAAAAACGUGGCCUUCAAGUUGCUGUGGCUGGGAUUCCGAAGACAAUUGAUAAUGAUAUUGCUGUGAUAGACAAAUCUUUUGGAUUUGAUACUGCUGUUGAAGAAGCUCAAAGAGCCAUUAAUGCGGCACAUGUGGAGGUUGAAAGUGUUGAAAAUGGAGUUGGAAUUGUUAAACUAAUGGGCAGAUACAGUGGUUUCAUUGCUAUGCAUGCAACUUUGGCAAGCCGAGAUGUGGAUUGCUGCUUGAUUCCAGAGUCCCCAUUUUAUUUAGAAGGAAAGGGUGGUCUUUUUGACUUUCUUGAAGAGAGGCUAAAAGAAAAUGGACAUUUAGUUAUUGUGAUGGCAGAAGGUGCUGGCCAGGAAUAUGUUUCUGCUGAAGUGCAUGUAUUGGCUGAUAAGGAUGCGUCGGGAAACAAACUACUACUUGAUGUUGGCCCAUGGCUAUCCCAAAAGAUCAAGGAUUAUUUCACAAACGUUAAGAAGAUGGCUGUAAAUAUGAAAUAUAUAGAUCCCACAUACAUGAUUCGAGCUAUUCCAAGCAAUGCAUCUGACAACAUUUACUGCACGCUUCUUGCUCAUAGUGCUGUUCAUGGAGCUAUGGCCGGGUACACUGGAUUCACAGUUGGACCUGUGAACAGCAGGCAUGCAUAUAUUCCAAUUGCUCGUGUGACCGAGAGACCAAAUACGGUGAAGCUGACUGGUCGCAUGUGGGCAAGAGUUCUUUCAUCAACAAACCAACCAAGUUUUGUGACACCUGAAGAUUUGAUUCAAGAUGAAGUUGAAAAAGAGACGGUCAAGAAAAUAAAUAAAUGAAAACUAGACUUAAUUCCUUACAAUUUUUUUUUUUAAGUGAAAAUUACAUCUAGUUAGGUUGUUCAUGAAGCAUUUAUCUAUUAUAGCACUUCAGGUUACCAUGUGUUUGUUAAAGGGAAGAUCGUUGUCUAGUGUCAUACAAAGAAUCUAAACACAAAAAAGUCUUAUGAAAUCGUAAAAUUACUUGAAAUUCCAUCUUUUAUUGAAGUUGUUGCUUAUUGCUGGAUAAUUGUUAAUGGAGUUAUUCAGUUGACAAUUAAAGUAGUAAUAACUAAAUUAUCCAGCAACAAUUAACAAUUUCAGUAAAAAACACGACACUUCAUAGUAAUUUUAUAAUUUCAUGGAAUUUUUUUUAUAUUUAGAUAAUUUGUGUUGAACCUGAGUAAUUUUUCUUUAUUAAAGCAAUCCAGAUUUUGCUAUGCAUUCAAUCCUCUUCAUUAGCUUUGUUUUUUUUGUAAAAGAGGAUUUGCAGGAAUAAUACAUGAAUUCUUUUAUAGGAGACAGGGUUACAUAGAGACUUAAUUCGGACAAUGGCAAGGGUUACUUACAGGAAUAUUGUAUUGCUUUCAGGUGAAUUUAAUUCGGACAGUGGCAAAGUAGUUUGGUUCUCUAUUUUUGAAUUUAGACUGAACUCUUAAUCUGAAA